AUGGGAAAAGUAGAUACUUAUAGAAACCAUAUGGGGAAUGUCAUGAAAGAAUUUGGCAUGUAUUGUAAACGAUUUGCAGAAACAAUUUACAAAAAAAACAAUGUAUAUAAUCGAAUUAUUGGUUUUGUAGAUGGAACAAUGCAAAAGAUUGCUCGCCCUAAUGUUAACAAUGAGCAAAGACUUGCUUACAAUGGAUGGAAACAUAUUCAUUGUCUUAAAUAUCAGACAAUUGUAACACCUGAUGGUAUAAGCAGCAGCUUUAUUGGUCCUUUCCCUGGCUCCACUCAUGAUGUAAAGAUAUUUGAUGACUCUAAAACACUAGAGCGUCUCAUCUUUUAA